AUGUAUGUGAAGCACGACUUGAACAAUAAUGAAGAGAAAGAACCUCUGCCAGUCUUGGCGGCUAAUAAGGUAAAAGUCUAGCUUUAAAUUGGCUAGAAGAAGGUCUGGCGUAAGUGGGGGUGUAAGGUUAAGUACAGUUUGACAAGGGUUAAGUAUGGUUUGGCAAGGUAGGGUAGGGUAGCAAAGAGUAAGGUAGAAUAAAGUAGAGUAGAAAAAAAUAGAAUAGAGUAGUAUAAAGUAAGAUAUUUAAGGUAAAGCCAAAAAGGAUAGAAUUAGGUAGAGUAAGGUAAGGCCAGGCUUUCCAAAAUGAUACCUAAACUUUGCAGCUUGACCUCAGUUUUCUCCUCCUAAAUUCAGCUUGUGGCGCUAUUGCAAAAAUAGCUAGUAAAUGCUCUGAGCGUGUUGUUGUCCUACCUUCAGAUGACCCGCUACUUAACAUUUCAGCUGUGGAAGCUGUUGAGAGAAUCAGAAACAAACGGGUAAGUCUUAUCACUUUACCUAAUAUUCCUUACCACGCCCAUCACAUACCCGUUCCAACAAUAUCCUACUCUACGCUGUCCUACCUUACAAGGAAAGUACCCUACCUGCCCCGCUCAGAAUCAGCUCAAAAUUUUUAUAUGAAUUCUUUGUACCACCAAUAGUACCCAUAAAAUAUUUUAACUCGCGCUCUUUGAGUUUUAAAUUUAAAUUAUUUGGGUUUCCCGCCAUUUUGGCAAAUUUGGCAUUGUGUUUCAAGCACUUUUUUCUACUUUCCAGGCAAGAUACGCUUACAAAUUUAAAAAUGUAGGAUUAUUUAAAGGUAUUCUACUAGUAUAUCAAAGAAAAAUAAUUAAAAGUCAAAAAAUGACAAAGUUACAAGCUUGAAACACAAUGCCAAAUUGGCGAGAAAUUCAAAAUGUCAUUAUUUAAUCUCGAUUUUCUCGAGAUUUCCUGGAAAGCGCGAUUUAGUACUUUGCUGAAGAUCUUAUAUUUACGUGAUCUUCCUAUAUAAGAAGUUUGAAGUUAAUCAGAGCGGGGCAGGUCGGGCACUUUCCUUUUUAGCCUAUUUUACUUUUUUCUGCCCUCUCAUGACUUAUCCUACCCUUUGUUGAACCUUAGAAACAGAAAGAAGCCGGACCAUCUUUCAGGUUUACUCUACCUACAAAUCAAAUUUUACUACCCUCUUGUACUAAUUUACAUUAUCAUUCCAGCUAAAAUCCUUUGACCUUCUCCAAGCCUACUUCAAACGUAUCCGUGAUGUGAACCCUUAUAUCAACGCAGUAACCGAAUUAUUCGAAUAUGAAGCGUUAGAAAAAGCAAAAGAAGUCGAUGAUUAUGUUGAGACGAUUCAUGGUAAUCCAAGUGAAGUUGAACGCCUCAAAAGUGACAAACCCUUAUUUGGAAUACCAAUAUCAUUGAAACAUGUAUUUGAUUACAAAGGACAUAGAAACAUCGGUGGACUAGAGUACAGACGAGAGCUUCCUGUGGCUAGUGAGAGCAGUGAACAUGUCAAACGGUAGGCUUUUCUACUGUAGCUUGCUUUAUCUUACCCUACCCGACUCUACCUUAACAUAGCUCACAAUAUCCAAACUUAUCAUACCCUACCCUACAGUACAGUACCCUACCUUACCGUACCAUAGCCUACUUUUCUAACACACUCCAUUUACAGAAUUCUAAACGCCGGAGGCAUCCCCAUAUGCUACACAAACGUGCCUUCUGGAGCCUGUUUCUUCGAAUCUGACAACACCGUCCACGGUCGAUGUUGUAAUCCAUUCGAUACGCGUUGUACUCCAGGUGGAUCUUCUGGAGGUGAAGGUGCUUUAAUCGCUUCCCAGGGCUCUUUAAUCGGUAUUGGAACAGAUUUGGGGGGCUCUAUUCGUGUACCAGCCAUGCUAUGUGGUAUAUAUGGGCACAAACCGGGUAGAACUAUACCAGAUGACACAUUAGUACCAUCUUCAGUUGGUAAUACCAUCUAUGAUGGGUUUUAUUCGGUUGGACCGCUAACUAGGUAUGCUGAAGAUUUGGCGCUGGUUUCUAAUGUAAGUUAUUCUAUAGGCUUUUACAUUACUGUGUAAAAAGUAGAUACCAUUUAACUUGCUGUAGUAAACUUAUCAAAAAAGCUCAAAACUUUUUGAAAAACACAAGUACCAAAAGACCAUGUUCAAUAUAAACCUUGCUUUAGGUACUGUUCCAAGAAGUUCUACCUCAACAAAUCCCCGAACCAACCCUAAAAGUCCUCUACUCCUUGGCCAAUGAUGAAAAACCUUAUCUCACAAUGACAAACCCAGUUAGAGCAACGCACGAAGACGCCAAGAGCUACAUCUCUCACUUGUACGGAGUUCCAGUACAACAAUUUGAUUUGAGCAAAAGUUUGAUGGAAUUUGUCAUAAUGCUAAAGGCAUGUGCUUUCGAAGCCGACAACUUGGCCAAUAUUCAUCAGCAUUUAAUGCCGGUAAGCUAUCUAUUUUUUGUUUGUAAGAAAAUGCCUUUUUUAUACAUAAUACCCAUUUCAGGACGAACACCCAAUAAGUUUGUUCAAAGAGUUUGCCAAGUCGUUUGUUGGAGCUUCCUCUAUAUCGCCAAUCACACUACCCUUGCUAUGCUCAUCCCGGAAUCGAUACCCAGAGUCAUUGAUUCAAGAAUCAUGUAGACAACUACAUAUUGUACGAGAUAGAGUUUACAAACAGUUGGAAGGUAAGGCAAAUAGUAAACUUCUACCCUACCUACCCUACUCUAUUCUACCUCAUCAUACCUUAUCUACAAUACGCCUACCCUACUCUAACUUUCCUUUCCUUAUCCUAUUUGAAAACUGAGAUAGCCUAUAUAAAAUCAGCCUAUCUUAUCACAUAUAACCACACAUCUUACAGGUGACGCCCUGCUAGUAUUUCCCUCAAUACCCGACUCUCAUUACUUCCAUUUGGGCUAUGGUAUCCUACCAUCACUAAACACAAUUCUCUACAACACCCUAGGUUUAUCAGCAAUGGCGGUGCCAAUGGGAAAAGACAAAGACGGUUAUCCAUUAUCAGUACAACUAGUUGGACAUCCCAGCUCUGACCAACUUUUAUUUUCUGUAGCUAAGAAGUUGGAAAAACAGUUUGGAGGCUGGGUUCAGCCGACUAAAAUAUGA